AUGUUUUCGUGUUGUCUGCCCGUGUCCCGAGGCCGCGACCUGGAGAGCGGCGGCAGCGAGGAGGGUGGGUUUCGCCGGGGCCGCCGCUGGGGCCAGACUCAGCCCCGACGCCGCCUGUGGCCCUUCUCGCGGCGGGACUCGCAGAGCUCCACCCGGGUCAUAGAGGAGCAGUCGGCGGCGGAGGAAGACAUCUGCCCAGUCUCCAGCAGGGCGGGGGCGGACAGCCACCCCCCCGAGGGCCAGGGCAGGCCCGAAGUGAGUGUGGCCACCCCGGGGCCCGCAGAACCGGGGCCCUGGGAUGUCCCGAGAAGGACUCCUCUGCCCAAGCAGACCCGGCUCCCCAGGGAGCUCAGGAUUUCUGAGCACCGUUCCCACGUGACAAGGCCCAGGUCAAAUAACCUGGAGCCCAAGGAGGCGGAGCCCAAGGGUGAGAAGAUGGUGGAGAGAGCACCAGCCCAGGAGGCAGGGCCGGCAUCUGCUUCAGCACCUGUCACACCUACCGAGGAAUCCAAUGCAGGGGCAGCCUUACAGGAGUGUCCACCUCCGGUGGUCCUGCCACUUCCCGCAGCCCCUCCAGCUGCAGCUGUGGAGCCGGGACCACCCUGUGAGGCACCUCCAGACAUAACGGAGGCCCCACCACCCCUGCCUGAAGAACCCUCCCUCCAACCUGUCCCGGUUCCUGCCACGGAGGAGGAGCUGCCUCCUGAAAACACAGCAGGGCCAGCUCUAGAGCCGCUUGUUGAACUUGCUCUUGCUCUUCCACCAGAAUUUAUUUUACCCCCGCUCUUUGACUAUUUUCUUUUAUUUUCUCUAAUUGUUAUAUUUUCCUAUUCUCCACGGCAUGAUUCAUUUUAA